UUUUACGAGCCGCUUUUGUGCUACUAGAAGUUGGAGGCUUACAUAUUUUUACUGAAUGAUACGGUGCAUUAUCCAUGAUGAUCGUCGAUGGCUCAUUUAAAUUGGUCAAUAAGAAAAAUGGCUGCGAACCGCCGAAAGCAAGACGAUAAAAAUUUAGAAAUCUUACGUGAACUAAUUUCUCUAAAUGGAAACAAAUAUUGCUUAGACUGUAACCAAAGAGGACCUACUUAUGUGAAUACAACAAUAGGAUCAUUUGUUUGUUCAAAAUGUUCAGGAAUGCUACGAGGCCUUACGCCCCCACAUCGCGUGAAAUCAAUUUCAAUGGCUACUUUUACCCCUGAGGAGAUAGAGUUUAUUAAAUCAAGAGGGAACGACUACUGUAGACUUGUUUGGCUAGGACUUUACGACGGUGAAAGUAUAAAUUUUACUGAUGAGCAGAGCGUUAGAGAUUUUAUGUUGGAUAAAUAUGAGAAGAAACGUUAUUAUUUAGAUGCGCCAACAAACAAUUCAGUAGUCAAUGGAAAUGUAUCAACUAAGAAUUAUAAGUCAAAAGCCAAGGCUGGAAAUGUAGCAGCAUCUGUAACACCUCUGAUAUCGAUUUCGCCGCAAUCUUCGAAAAAUGCAUCCAAUAAGAAUGCAAUUCAAACGGCGAAAUUAGUGAAUAAUUUACUUCCAACAACUGGAACUGAUGUUAGUCAGAGAAUAUCACGGCCAGUGAGUAGUGGGCAGCCCCUCCUUAAUUCUGCAAGUGCGCUCACAGUUGCGGCUCCAACUGCUACAGUCGCACCUCCGGUACCUGAUUUCCCUGUUGAUUUUUCUACUGCGAAUAUUUACAACAGUAGUCAGUAUAACAAUAAUAUGAAUAAUAAUUUUGUAAGUCAGUCAUCUACAGCCACACCAACAUUGAAUAAUAUUUUCAAUACAUCCUCAUCAACAGGAAAUGAUCGUUAUGCGGCAUUGGCUGUUUUAGAUUCAGCAUUAAGGCAACAAAAUAUGAAACAAUUAGAAGAAAGUAAUGGUAUUAGCAACAAGAAUCCAUUUCAAAGUCCUUCAACACAUGAUGUUUUUGCCAACAAAAACCCAUUCUUCAAUGAAGGAUGGAGUAUACCUGCUGCACCAGUCCCAGCCAACCCAUUUAUGCCUGCGACAAACAACGGCGGCUUCAUAAAUUCUAAGAAUCCAUUUCUUUGAUGGGUGGUCUAAGGAAGUCUUAAAUCAACUAAGACAUCAAUGAACAAAAUUACGUAACAAAAAGCACAAAUUAAGCUACAAAUUUAGAUUUAUAUUAAAUUUAGUGAAUGUAACAAUACUUUUGACGAAUGAGUAGUUCUGUGACCGCAUUCUAACGGUAUUUUUAAAUAGUAUCACUAUGCUUAAAUGUUAACUCAGUGCCUCACCAUAAUAUGCCUUAUAAUAUUCUGCAAGUGUUAUGAAAUUGAUAUAUUUUUAUAUAUUUACUAUUUUGAAAGUUAGGUAUGAUAAAAUAUUUACAAAUAAAAAAUGAGAAGACUGUACAGAAAUAGUAAAUGAAAUUCCUGGUCGUAGAUUUAUUUAAUUUAAAUGGUGUAUAAAAAUGUAAAAUAAAGGAUCGAUUUAAGCGACUAGCAAAAUUUUUAAUUAAAUCUGUAUACCAGCUAAUUCAUCGCUAAAUCAUGUUUGGACAUUCUUAUAAUCUGUUCGUUUAAUGUAGGUGAGUCAUCUCCUGUUUUGCUAUAACAUAACGUCAUCACUUUGCUUCGGCCUUAUUCCACAGUUAAGUUUCGAGAUUAACGAAUACGGCACGAAUUAUGCACCUUUGUUAUUGUUAUUAAUGUUGUAAUGAUUGCUACAGUCAACAAACGUGUUCAGUCAAUUUAACGUACUCUCUAACAUUCAGGCUCUAUUUUAUAUUUAGAUAAAGGUCUAGGUAAUGACAGUUAUUUAAUGUUGUUAAAACAAUCUUUUCGAAAGAGUGUUAACGAUGCGAGAGGCUCUAAUUUAAUUAAUCAGCACGAUGUGUUGACUAACUGAAAUGUUAAACUACUGACGGAAAGAUCAGUUAGAUUGUUGCAACGUGAAUUGGACUAAUUUAAUCAAACAAUUAUUUAUUACUUUUAUUGCUUGACAAAAUGUACUGAAUUUUUUCCUUGUCAGGGUUCGAUCGUUUUUCUUGUAUUGUUAACAUAACUCUAAUUAGAAAAUUAGUUAAUGAGCUCUCAAAUUUUGUUUCUUCUGUGAUUGUAACCAGUUUUAUUUUUUUGAAUUCAAUUGAUUAUUAUUUGUAUUUCUAAUGAAUUCACUCUAUUAUUUAUUUAAUGACUGUGUAAUGUAAUUAUUUUUUAUU